GUAUAAACGGAUGCACUACUGACGACGGGGCAAACGCGCACAGGAGGGGAAAGGGCGCCAAACCGAGGCGCCGGCGUCAUCCGACGUAACUUCCGCCCUUUAGCGAUCCUCUGGACGCCCCCUUCUCCCGGUCCGUGUUUGUUUCCGGCAUUUCAAUAAAGCUCGAUUCGGCUCGAAGAAGAUCCCGUUCUUCCGGGAAAAUGGCGACUCCCGCUCGUGCCCCGGAGUCACCGGCGGCCGCGGAUCCGGCGGUAGCUGCGGGGCCUGUUGAGGAAGCCGAGUGCCCGCCGCCACGCCAGCCUCAGCCUGCGCAGAAUGUCCUCCCUGCCCCGCGGCUUCGAGCCCCAAGCACCCGAGGACUUGGGGCAGCGGAGUUUGGUGGAGCUGCGGGAAAUGUUGAAGCGCCAGGAGAGACUUUUGCGCAACGUAAAAUUCAUUUGCAAAUUGCCCGACAAAGGUAAAAAGAUUUUUGACUCUGUUGCCAAACUGAAAGCUGCCAUUGCAGAACGUGAAGAAGUUAGAAGAAAAAGUGAACUGUUUCAUCCUGUUAGUUUAGACUGUAAGCUAAGGCAAAAAGCAACUGCAGAACUUGAUGUCGAUACUGAUAAGGCCCAGAAUUCUGACCAGAUACUUGAUACUUCAUCACUAGUUCCUGGCUGUUCCUCUGUAGAUAACAUUGAGUCAUCCGAAACAACCUCACAAAACCAGGGACUUGGACAUCCUACUCAUGAAGGUGAUGAAGAGAAUCCAGAGGCUGAGUACACAGUGAGUAAGGGCCCAGCUUCCAGCAACAGAGACAGAGUGCCGCCUUCAUCUGAAGCUAGUGAGCAUCACCGGCAGCAUCGUGUUUCAAGUCAAGCAGAAGAUACUUCCAGGACCUUUGACAACCUGUUGAUUGACAGGUUACAGAGGAUUGCCAUUGCAGACCAAGGUGAACAACAGUCAGGAGAAAACACAAGUGCUACGAACUUGACAGGCCUUUCUAAUGGGACUCAGAAGAGGCCUCAUUACAUGGAAGUGCUAGAAAUGCGAGCCAAAAACCCAGUGCCCCAGCUGCAUAAAUUUAAGACCAAUGUAUUACCUUCUCGACAAAUUGAUUCACCUAGUGAUUGUCAGAAGAGAGCGUCUCCUAUUUCCUCAGAAGAGCGGCGGCGCAGGGAUAAGCAGCAUCUUGAUGACAUCACAGCAGCUCGGCUUCUACCACUUCACCAUAUGCCCACACAGCUGCUCUCCAUAGAGGAAUCUUUGGCACUUCAGAAACAGCAGAAACAGAAUUAUGAGGAGAUGCAAGCAAAGCUCGCUGCGCAAAAAUUAGCUGAAAGACUGAAUAUUAAAAUGCGGAGUUAUAAUCCAGAAGGGGAGUCUUCAGGGAGAUACCGAGAAGUAAGGGAUGAAGAUGACGAUUGGUCCUCUGACGAAUUCUGAAGAUAAUCUCCUAAAUCACUGACGUUGAGAUGUCAUCAUUUUACAUCAGACUUUCUAACUAGUAUCAAGAUCAGUGUGAGAUAUUGUAGAGGGAAGUAAUUUUAUAAAGUUACACAAAGGUAGUUAUAAAAAAAUCCCAUUUUAUCUUUCAGAAGAUGGCUUUCGUGUGCUUGAAAAGUUUAAUAUUUGAAUAUUGUGUUUAACCACAUUGUAUUACAGUUUUGCAGUAUGUUGUGUAUUGGUCUGAUGUUUUAGUAUACAGUAAAACAUAGUUUAUUUCUUUAAGCCAAAUGAAAAGAGGUAACUUUGCUUUUUUUCUUAUUCCUACCUAUCAAAUAGCAUUUAUUACACAUCUUUCAGUGAAAUACUUAUUUGUCCCAGGCAUCUAAAAUUCGUGAGGAAGACAUAGUUCCCUUCUUUUUUGGGUAACGAAGGGCGCAGUCUAAAGAGCUGUAUGCACGUUGGCAUGGGGUUAUUUAGACACUGGAUGUGAAAUACCUAGGAAGACAUGCAUAGAAAAUGCUUAAAUGCGUUUCUCCUUUUUUCUGUCUUUCCUUAGGAAGAACGUUAACUCUUCUGAUUAGCUAGGAAUUCCCUCUUGAGUGGAUGCUGGAGGGUGGAGGUCUUUUUAAAUAAUCUUAUGUUACUCCAGGCAAAUCUGGUAUAGGAAAAGUCCAAGCUAACUGAGCUAGGUGAAGGCUUGUGCAUCACCCGACUUGAGUUCCUUGCUGUCACAGAUGAUAGGUUCAUGUACAGAACAUGAGUGUUUGUUAAGGAAACCAGUUUUGGUUUUUUUGGGUUUUUUUUUGUUGUUGUUGUUGCUGUUACAAUUGAAUUGUCAGUACUUAGCUUUUCUUGCCAAAAGAGGCAUAUAUAGACUGCAGAAACCUCAGUCUCAUAUAUAAACGUUCAUGUCAUUUUAGAGGAUUAUAUGGUUGUCUCCAGAGAAAUUAACUUAUAUUAUCAAAAAUUCUUUGUCUCAUAUAUUGGAGUCUUUAAAAGUGUUGAAGAAUAAAAAACUAAUUAGAACAACUUCAAAUGCUAAUGGUGAUGUUUUACUGGGACUUAAUUAAAUAUAACUUUUUGCUUUUGAAAAAGACUUCACAUUUGCUACCAAGAGUAGUUACUGUUUCCAUCCUCAUCCCCCACAAGCAAAUGUGAAAAGUGUACUGACCUAAGAUUCUCAUUAUUUUUAGUUCUUAAAACUAAGAGUAAAUGAUUUCACAGCGUAAAAUUUGAUGUUCUUUCUCUAGAAUGAAAUAACACAUGUUAUUUCUGGAAAGCUGAAUAAUAUGAAAGAGUUCAUGUGUCUGUACACACAGUUCCCUGUAAUCCUACCACCUAGAGAGAGAACCUCUGUUAACAUUUUGAUUUUGUGUUUUUACUUAUUUUUCUAUGCAUAGUUAUACAUUUAUAUUUUCAAAAAUGCAGUCGUAAUGUACAUUGCUUCAUAGUCUGCUUUAUAUAUUACCAACAUUUUCACAUAUUAAAUAUUUUACUUUUUAGAUAGCUGUAGGAUAUUUCAUUUCCUGGGUGUACCAUAACUUUAAGAUCGAUUUCCUCUUCAGCAAUUUGAUUAUUUAUUAUAAUCUGUAAAUAGUGAUGUGAUUAACAUCUUAAUCACAUCUAUACAAAAUGACUUAUUUCCAGAAGAUAUCUCUCUAGAAAUGAAAUUAUCAGGUGAAAGUGUUUUUAGGAAUCUUCAUAUAUAUCGCUCACCAGAGAACAUGUUCAUUUACAUUCCCAUUAGCAAUAUAUCCAACACUCAGAAUUGAAAAUUACUGCUUACAAUCUUUGCAAAUUGAAUAAUUACAGAAAAGGACUACAUUUAAAAUUUGUAUUUUUUUGAUGACUUAGUGAAGAUUGUGUUUUUUUUCAUGUUCAUUGGCCAUUCUAUAUUCAUUCUUUUGAGAAUUGCUCAUUCAUAUUUUGUCUGUAACUUGCUUGGAGAACUUGGUGGGGUUUUGUUUGUUUGUUUAUAAGUUCUUAAGAAUGUCUUUUGUCAUAUAUUGUAACUUUUUUUAGUCUUCAUAGUUUGCGAUAUUUCAGUGUAGAAGUUACUUUCUUUAGGAGCCUACCUUUGUGUACGUGCUUGAACUUAUUUUUGUAAUUCAAGAAUGGAUAAAUAAUUGUCCUUGUUUUCUUCUGGUACAUUCUUACCUCACCUUACAUCUGUCUUUAAAAGAAAUUUAAAUUUUGUUUAUAUACAUUAACUCAAUACAGGUUUGGGGUGAAAAGGAAAUUUUUAAUCCAUCUCAAAUGUAUUUGGGCAUCUUAUAUAAGGUAGGGAUUUGAUUUUAUUUCAAAGCAUUUACCAGUUGGUUCAGUAUCUGAAACCACCGUUUUCCCUCUGAUUCGUAAUGCUAUUUUUAUAGAAUAUUAAAUUCUUCUGUGUCUUAGGCUAAUUUCUGGGCCUUCUGAUUUUUUUUUCCACAUUAUCAAUAAUUAUGGCUUAAAUUGGUGUUAAUAUUUGGUAGUAGAAGUUCCCCCUUGUCCUUUUAAAUUUUGUGAAAUAUAACCUACAAAUAAGUACUUAAGGUACUUAAAACUGAGUUUAAUGGGUAAAGCAACAGCUGUGUAAUCACAAGCCAGAUGCAGAGGAGGUCCUGCCAGCACUCCAGAAUCUUCGUGUAUCCCCUCUUGACUCUCACUUUCCCCUAGUGGUAGCUAUCUUGACUUUUGGUAGUUCUCCUUCCGCCCUUUUAAGAGUUAUUUUGCCCACUAUGUAUAUAACAACAUGGUUUAGGUUUUGCUCACUUUUGACUUAUAUAAAAAUAGAAUCAUACUGUA